UGACAACUUAAGGAACAUAAUGAGCGCCAAUCAACGUCGUGCACGUGUCAAAAUUUUGACAUAAGAUAAGCUAAGAUAAGACACGUAUAUGCCACAAGACUAAUCUAUAUAGUUGGCAAAACUGUGCCAUUUGGCGAAUGCAACAUGAAGCUUUGGACAUUCCUGAUUGGUUUUCUAUGCCUUGCUGGUCUUGUUGUUUCACAGACAACAACACAAUGUUCAAAAGUUUGUACGACGAUAUUUAGUCCAGUUUGUGCAAAGCAGCCUGAUGGAAAUGGUGGAACGGAAUACAAAAGAUUUCCAAAUCGAUGCGUAAUGGAAUCCAAAAACGAAUGCGAUAAUGGUAAAUGGUGUGAGACGAAUUCAUAUCUUUGUGGUUCAUCUACAGAAGAAUAAUACAUAUAAAAGGUUACUGGAUAUUGCAAUGAAGCCAUUAUGUUGAUUGUUAACAAUAAACGAUAUUAGCCAAAUGAA